CCUCACAGCGCCGGCUCCCACCGCAGCGGCUCCCCCCACAGCUGCGUACCGGCUGCCCUGAGGCCUCCCGGUGCCCCGCUGGACGUGGUGAGCCGACCCCGGCAUGGGGGGAUUUACAGCAUCCCUAUCUCAGAGCAGAACUACUUUGAGUGGAAGGACAUCUGCAGAAGAUGCCUUGAAGCUGAAGCCUGUGACAUCUUUGCAGGCUAGUCCAAUAAUCCAUAGUGUGAGUAGCUCAGAGGCUCCAUGGUGGCUACCAAGAUUUAUGUGCCCGAGACCUGUGAGAAAACUUGAUCAGCAAAGGCUCUGCCAGAGGUUCUCCUCAGCAUCAGCAAAGAGCAGCACAACAGAUACUUCUGAGUGCAGAAGAAAUUUUGAGGAGAAAAGUAAUACUAAAGAUUGGCUAACAGAGAAAGACUUCAGCUGUGAGAAGGCAGCAGCUGAUCAAAGUCGAGACAUCAUUGUUUCUGCUCACUGCAUCUUGGACAGAGAAAAUUAUUUUGUGAGGGAGGUGGACAGAUAUUUGAGGCACAAUGAAUUCUUAGAUCUGAGAAAGAAGGAGAUGCUCUACAAGAAAUGGCUUGAGGAUGUUUCAGAGCCACUGCUGCAGAAGAUCGAGGACAAAAUGGACAGCAAGUCAAGUGAAGAAAUACGGAAAAGGAAAGAAGAACAAUUCUCUCUCUAUUUAGACUACUGUAAAAAGAAGGGCUAUGUGAUUUUGGAUGAUUAUGACCCAUCAGAAUAUGACCCAUUCUUCCUGAGGACAUCUACAGACUGGUGGAAGGUUUCAAUACCAGCUUUACAGGAUCCUCUGUUAAGAGACAUUCAAAGAAAGUUGAUUGAGACAGGCAUUACCAAGCAGUGCGAGACAGGAAGACCAUGGUCUACCAGAGAACUGAACAAACUCGUUAGAGAACUGCCACUGCUUCCUUUGAGCCGGCAGCAUAUGAAUGCAGUUGAGUGGCUGAAGAUACCACACAGCUACAUUGCUAGUGAAGUUUACCAAACAAAGAGUCCAGGCUCUGAUUCACCCCUUUGAAAACUCUCUGGUUCUGUCACUGCAGUACACAACACUUAAAGGAACUCCUGCUCCCCAGUGACAAGAACAUCAAGGUGAACUGAGAGCCUGAUGUCCUCCUGAGCCAGGCGCACUCUGCCCCUCAGCCCCUGCCUUGGAGUUUUGUGGUUUUUACUAGCCCAAAGCUUUACUCCACAGGAAAACUGGUCACAAUGACAAACAUUUCCUGGAGUGACUCAGUGUGGGAAAGAGCUAGUGCAGGAAGCUGUGCUGGGCCCCAGCAGCCUUCGUGCUGCAUGGACUGGCAAUAGUUUUUGCUUCUGUUUGUUUAAAGGAGAAAAGCCACCAACUACGACAGAGACAACAUACAGUAUCAUCUGUCCUCCAGCUGAUUGCAGUGGCAAGCAAAGCCAUCAGAAGGUACCAUCUGCAAAGUACGUUGUUAUCUCCUACCAGAGCAAGAGGGAACAAGCCAGGUCUUCUGGCAAACUGCAAUAAACCUGUUGUCUCAAACAUGUAAUUCUGAAGUAGUUAGCAGCCAGAGAAAUGUUUGAGCUGCUGCUCCUGUUAUUUCCAGCUCCAGUUCAUGCUAUACAGGCCAAAUCCUACUAUUUUAGGAGGUUUAACUUAGGCUCAGCCCUGCAAAGACAGUGCUGAUGCCCUCUGGUUUAUAUAGGGCAAGUCUUCUCACCAGUUCAUCUCCUUUAAUGAAAAAAGGUUAGAAAAAGGUCUGGUAGGCCCCAGACUCUGCACGUUAUCCCCAGCUCUGAGGCCGCUGUAUUUCCUAUGACAGGAAGUGUGGUGGUAGCACUGGGCAGAGGGAAUGGCAAAGCUUGCACAAUUUUAGCUGCAGCUGUUGCAAAUUUUUGUGAAGCUGAAAGACCUCACCUUGAGAUUUAGGAACAAACUCUCUCUUGAAUGAGAAGGAGGCACUCCUGGCAAUGUGCCUCGUCAGCAGAUGUGUGCAGAGGAGUGGCUUAGAAAGCGCUGAUAAGGAAAUAAAGGUUUGGUUUUGUUUGUUCAAGUCUUUAUCAGAACUCCCAUAGCAAAAUAUUAUUUACAAAAUAAUGGUAGGCUACUAACAAGGUUUCAAAGGACUUUCCCCUGGAGGCAGUGUACAAGCAGCAAAUCAAACUAACACACAGAUGAGUGUUCUGAGAAGGCAGGAAUUAUGAGGGGAGAGCAGGAGGAAAGUGUUUUGUACAAAACAGAGCUUUUUGGAGAUCUGGUGCUGAGCACCACGUACUGUCAGUGCCCUGCAGAUGGGUUUCUCUCCUGUUCCACUGCAGUGUGUGACUGCACAGCAGCUCUGGUGUUGAAGCCUGAGAACAGAAUUCCUCACGGCUUGUACAAGAAGGUCCAAACUCCCACUGUACAGACACAGACCCUCAAGAAUUUCCAAGAUUUAGUUUUAUUUAGGAUUAGAAAUACUGAACCACAGAAAACUUGUUAAAAGAAACAGAGGUCAACUCAGCCCUAUAACAGGAGGGUGUACAGGCAGCAAUCGGGUGUGAAACUGUCAGACAUCAGGAGGUGCUGCUGUCCCCGUGGAAGACAAGGGCCCACAUUGCUCGGAAUUCCAUGCUGUGCUUUUCCAACAAUGCAGUUUAAGGAGGCAGUAAAAUGGUUACAAUGUAUCAAACCCUUUAUAAACAAACUCUUCUUUUGCUUAACCAGCCUUGAUUUUGAUGCCGAGAGGAAAUUUUUGCUUUCAAAUAACCUCAUUUUACAGAAUCAUACUGGGGUGCCAGCUCCCCCCAGCAAACCCUUCAACUUGUAAUAAACUUUUCUUGAAUUUAA